UUGCAUCCCAUCCUCACACAAAUUUUAUCUAUUUUUUCGAUUUUCUUCUUAAAUUAUUACAAAAAAAAAAAGAGAGAAAAAAAAUUGCAGUAGUGGCAGAGUAGACGGUUUUUUCCCUUUUGUUUUUGCUCUAGCGACGUGGUCCUUCUUAGUUCUUGGUAUUGGAUCCGAUCUCUCUCCCACUACGCGAUCUUUUAUACUCCUCCAGCUCCCGCCAUGGCCGAAACCUUGAAGAUCCUCUGAUCGCCGCCACACCCAUCUCGCUCGUCUUCCCGUUCGCCAUUGUUGCCAGCUCGGGUUCAUCCUCUUCCAGGAAGAAGUAAAAAUAUAAGGGUUUCAGCUGGGGAAAUUCAUCAUGUUGAAGAAAUCACCAAGUCGAAGCAGCAGGUCGAAAGGCAUCAAGGUUAAGCAUAUUCUGCAGAUUGUGCUGUUGGUUGGUGUUUGCUUUUGGUUAAUUUAUCAGGUGAAACGCUCCCAUGAUAAGAAGAAAGAAUUUGACCAGAAAGGUGAUAGAAUUACUGUAAAAACUCAGGACGGUGUGGACAUUGUGAAACCUGGAACAGAUAGGUUACUUGGAAGGAAAGGCCUACCCCACGUUGAGGAAGUCCAUCCGGGUGAGAAGCAGGAGGAAGAUGAGGAAGAAGAGACUGGAGGUGAGGAAGAAGACUCGAAGCAUGAAGGAGAAGAGGGACAUGAAGAACAGAAAGAUGAGGCAGUCAAUGAGGAGGAUGAAGAAAGCAAGCAUGAAGAGGACACCGAUGAUGAUGGGAAAGCAGGUGGAGAUGAUGACAUAGAUGAGAAUGAUCAAGAGAAGGCAGAUAACGAAACCAAUCAUGAGGGUGAUAUUGUGGAUGAUGAGAGAUUGAAAGAAGAUGGUGAUGAGGGAGCGGGAGGAAGCCAAGAGAGAGAUAAGGAGGAUCAGAGAGAUAAUGAGAAUUCUUCUGACGAGCAGGAGAAUGACAGCAGCGACCGGAGCACUCACGAGGCACGAGAGGAGAACUACAAGGGUGACGAUGCUUCCAGUGCAGUGACCCAUGAUGCCCACUCUACCACCUCAGAGACAGAGGAAGCAAAUUUAGAGAAUUCAAAUGAUAACUCGGAACAUAGUAAAGAACAGGACAGUGGAUCGACUGACACCGAGGAAUUUAAAGGGGUUCACAACAGUUCUCAGUUAACCGAGGAAGUGGAUAAAAUGGCUGACAAUGCAACUUCAACCAAUGAGAGUCUCAGGAAUAUGAAGUUGAAUAACAACACUUCCACUUCUACUGAUGGUUCAGUCCAAAAUUCUGUCCUGACCACUCAGUCCGAUGAUCAACCUGAACCAAGCAAUAGUACAUCCUCUGCAAUUACUGAGACAAAUACGGUAGAGAAUACUGAUUCUUCCCAGCAGAAUGGAACAGAUAUUGGUUGGAAUCAAGCUCAAAAUGGAACCACAGAUGGUUUGACUGCUCAGAAUGAAACAUAUCUUCAGUCAUCGAAUGACACAGUUUUGGAGAACAUCAAUUCUGAGUCUCAGCUAAACGUCGCUAAAGAUGAAAAUCCAAAUGGGUUUGAGAGUGAGGCCUUAAAUAUCACUAGCAACACGGAUCCAACUGUUUCAGAGAACAAAACAACCGAUCCGGGGAAUGAUUUACCAUCCACAAUAACAAAGGAGAAUAGUGAAACUAUUCAGAACGAAAAAUCAGAAGAUAACAGCAAAUCCAGUGGAAACAGUGAUAGCUCAGACAACAAAACAACCGAACCGGGGAAUGUUUUACCGUCCACAAUAACGACACUGGAGAAUAGUGAAGCUACUCAGAACGAAAAAUCAGAAGAUAACAGUGAAUCCCGUAUAAACAGUGAUAGCUCUGACUCUGCAAAUCAUACCGAGGACUUGGUUCAAGAUGACCCAAUUGAUUCCAACGAUUCCCAUGUAACCGAACGGGUGGAUCUGGAUACGUUGCCAGACAUUAGAGCUGAGGUUGAAACCAGUGAAGAAACUGCAGCAGAAUGAUAAUUUAAAUUAUAGAGGUGGUUUCAUGGAAGUGCUUCUGGAGUUUUCUGAUCUGUCUCUGUUUUUGAUAAGCAGUUGGUUGCCCAAAGAUUAUGUGCUGAGUGUUUGUAUUGUAAGGGAAAAUUUGUUCAUCAAUGAGAUCAGCCACAGGAGGAGGCAGGGCACGUGCUUAGUUAGUUAACUUUGUAUAAUCAAAUUUCAAUCUUUCUUUUGUGGACUGCUUGGUUCUUUGGAUGUGAUAUCUGAACAAAAUUAUAUAGUGGCUUAUGGCAAUUCAGAAAGGAUGGUCUUUCCAAUGGUUUGUAUUUAGUGUAACAAACAUAAUUACUUUAUUUUUAACUUUUUGGAUUUUUUGUUA